GCCUGUGACAUAUAUUAAAAUAAGUUUUAAAAGUAUAUAUUUAUGUAACUUAUGUCAAGUUUUCUUUUAAAAACCGGUUUCUUGGAUUCCAAACAAUUUAGUUUAUCAACUCAUUUCAUGUGUUUAAGCAGUUGCUAGAUUAUUUGAUAUUUAUCAAAGUUCUUAUACGUUUCUUCAUUUAGAUAAUCGCUAGUUAAAAAUGUUCGAAAGAAUUUAUAAUUUGGCUGUCGAAAAAUAUCCAAAAUUAAGUAAGAGAAAUGUACAAUAUGGAACGGCUGGAUUUAGAUCAAUACAUUCUGAACUUCCUCCUAUUGUAUUUCGUAUGGGACUUCUUGCAGUGUUGAGAUCUAAAGCAAAGAAAGCAACUAUAGGUGUAAUGAUUACUGCCUCUCAUAACCCAGAAGAAGAUAAUGGUGUCAAGAUAAUAGAUCCAUUUGGUGAGAUGUUAGAAGCAAGUUGGGAGUUAUUUGCUACUUAUUUAGCUAAUGUAGAAGAUGAAGAUAUAGCUACUUCUUUGAAUAAAAUUAUAUGUGAUGCUGAUAUUAACAUAAAAGAACCAGCUCAAGUAUUUGUUGCACAUGAUACAAGAUUUAGCAGUCCGCAUCUUUGUGCAGCAGUGAAAAUGGGUGUAGAAAUUUUGGAUGGAAAAUUGAGAGAUUAUGGCCUUUUAACUACACCACAAUUACAUUAUAUGGUUUGCUGCUAUAAUACUAAAAACAAAUAUGGAGAAGAUACAGAAGAUGGUUAUUAUAAAAAAUUAUCAAAUGCUUUCAUCCAAUUAAGAAAAGAUAGUUCUGUUGAUAGCAAGAAAAAAUAUUUACCAACUGUAAAAUUAGAUGGAGCAAAUGGAAUUGGUUCUAUAAAAAUAAAAUUAUUACAAAAAUAUCUAGAAAAUUUUCUUGAUAUCAAGCUUUACAAUGAUGGAAGUAAAGGAAAACUCAAUUAUAAAUGUGGGGCUGAUUUUGUUAAAGUUCAGCAAAAAUUGCCAGAAGGCCUUUCAUUAGAAGUUGGAGAUAAAGGACUUUCUUAUGAUGGAGAUGCAGAUAGAAUAGUAUAUUAUUAUUUGGAUUCCAAAAAUACAUUCCAUUUGUUGGAUGGAGAUAAAAUUGCAGUGUUGGUUGCAACUUAUUUAAAACAUCUUCUGAAUGCUACUGGAUUAACAAAUAUUAAACUGUGUAUUGUUCAAACAGCUUAUGCUAAUGGAAAUUCAACAAAUUAUAUUUCUAAUACAUUGAAAAUUCCAGUUGCUUGUGUUCCCACAGGAGUUAAGCAUCUUCAUCAUAGAGCUCAAAAAGAAGACAUUGGUAUUUACUUUGAAGCAAAUGGUCAUGGAACUGUCUUAUUUAAUGAAGCAGUUAUCAAUGAAAUAAAUGAAGUUACCAAAAACAGUUGUGAUAGUAACAAACAGUCUGCAGCUAAGAAACUUCUUCUCACCAUUGAUAUGAUUAAUCAGACUACUGGUGAUGCAAUUUCUGAUAUGCUUUUGGUGGAAACAAUACUUUACACUUUUGAUUGGGACAUUGCUACUUGGAACAAUUUAUAUGCAGAUUUACCCAACAAACAGUUAAAAGUUAAAGUUGUAGAUAGAACAGUCAUUACAACUACUGAUGCAGAAAGAAAGUGUGUCACUCCAAAUGGCCUUCAGAAAUCUAUUGAUGAACUUGUUAAGAAAUAUGAAAAUGGACGAUCUUUUGUCAGACCAUCAGGAACAGAAGACUUGGUUAGAGUUUAUGCUGAAGCAACAACACAGGAGAAUGCAGAUAUGUUAGCAAGAGAAGUGGCUGAAAAAGUGUAUGAACUUGCUGGAGGAAUCUGAGAUAAACCUUAACAUAUGACAGAAAAUACUAAUAAUAAUCAAUGUUCUGGAUUGUUAAUUAAAUUUUUGCAUUAAAAGAAUUUACUUUUUGAAA